AAACGAACAAUGGAUGUGAGUUCAUUUUAGUGUAAAUGCAGCUAUUUUCGCGCACGUAUAUUAUUGCUUUGAAAAAUCAACCUAAAUUUGUUUAUACAUAUUUUUUCUUUUGGAUAUUGUGUCAACUUUAAGUACUAUGAUGGGCGUUGUAUCAGAUUUUGGACAGAUAGCUACUAAGUGGGAUUUGAAAAACUUGGAAAUCCGUACAAUGACCGUGGAGAAAACAUUGGAGCCGUUGGUGUUGCAAGUGACCACAUUGGUGAAUACAACAGAGCCAAGUAAGAAGAAGAAAGGAAAAUCGAAACGUGCCAGCGCUCUUGUGGCAUCAAUUGAAAAAGCUACGGAAAACUUUGUCAUCAAAGGGGAACAAAUCGCCUACGAGAAUCCGGAUAUCACACAGGAAAUGCUGGCCGCAGUAGAAGAAGUACGUAAGACUGGUGAUGCCAUGAGCAUGGCUGCCAGGGAGUUUGCAGCUGACCCUUGUUCUUCGCUUAAACGUGGCAACAUGGUGAGGGCUGCUCGUAAUCUUCUCUCCGCUGUCACCAGAUUGCUUAUACUGGCGGAUAUGGUGGAUGUGCACUUAUUGCUCAAGUCGCUGCACGUCGUCGAAGAUGAUCUUAAUAAGCUUAAGAAUGCCUGCAGCCAGGAUGAACUUUUGAGUAAUAUUGAGCAGUUUGGUGAAAAUGCCGGCGAGCUGAUUAAGCAAGCAGCAAAACGACAACAAGAAUUGAAGGAUCCACAAUUGCGUGAUGAUUUGGCUGCAGCACGCGCCAUGCUUAAGAAACAUUCAACUAUGUUAUUCACUGCAUCCAAAGUGUACGUUCGGCACCCAGAACUGGAUUUGGCCAAGCUAAAUCGCGAUUUCAUAUUGAAGGAAGUUUGCGCGGCUGUGAACACUAUCAGUGAUGUGGCUCAAGGCAAAUCUUCACAACCGACAGAAAUAUAUAGUGGAGCUGGUGAACUCGCCGCAGCAUUAGAUGACUUUGAUGAGGGUAUCGUCAUGGAUACCUUGACAUAUAGUGAAGAACAUUCGCGACAGUUACUUGAGGAACGUUUGGAAAGCAUCAUCAGUGCGGCGGCAUUAAUGGCUGAUGCAGAUUGUACACGCGAUGAGCGUCGUGAAAGAAUUGUUGCCGAAUGUAAUGCAGUACGACAAGCACUACAGGAUCUCCUAUCCGAAUACAUGUCGAAUAUGGGACAAAAAGAUCACACACCCGGCCUGGAUAGGGCAAUAGAUCAAAUGUGCCGCAAAACCCGUGAUCUUCGCCGACAGCUGCGCAAAGCUGUGGUGGAUCACGUAUCCGAUUCCUUUUUGGAGACAUCCACGCCUCUAAUUGACCUAAUUGAGUGCGCCAAGACUGGUAAUGAGGCGAAACUACGAGAGAAGGCCGAUAUAUUUACCAGGCAUGCAGAAAAGUUAGUGGAAGUCGCAAACCUUGUAUGCAGCAUGUCUAAUAAUGAAGAUGGCGUUAAAAUGGUACGCUUUGCAGCAGCUCAAAUAGAAAGCCUUUGCCCGCAAGUAAUCAACGCCGCCUCAAUCUUAUGCGUGCGCCCGAACUCUAAGGUGGCACAGGAAAACAUGGCUGCUUAUCGCCAGGCAUGGGAAGCUCAAGUGCGCAUUCUGACAGAAGCCGUUGACGAUAUCACAACUAUCGACGAUUUUCUGGCCGUUUCCGAGAAUCACAUACUGGAAGAUGUAAACAAGUGUGUGAUGUCAUUGCAAAUGGGGGCCCCACAGGAGCUACGUACCACGGCCGGUGCAAUUCAGGGCCGAUCGGCGCGUAUCUGCGAUGUCGUUGAGGCAGAAAUGGAUAACUAUGAGCCAUGCGUUUACACGAAGAGAGUAAUGGAUGCUGUUCGAGUGUUAAAGGAGCAGGUGAUGGCCAAUUUUGCACAACGAGUUGAUACUGCAGUAGACGCCCUCGUAAACAAUUGCAGCAGGGAUGUCGAUGAGAAUGACUUUAUCGAUGCUUCGCGUCUAGUAUAUGACGGUGUACGUGAAAUACGACGUGCUGUACUAAUGAAUCGCAAUUCAGAUGAACUGGACACGGACACAGAAUUUGAACCAGCUGAAAAUACGAUGUCAGAGACGCGCAGCAAAUCCAGUGCACAAGACGGUGGGCCAACUGUCGACGAGUAUCCUGAAAUCAGUGGUAUAUGUACAGCGCGUGAAGCUAUGCGUAAGAUGACUGAAGAAGAUAAACAGAAGAUUGCCCAACAAGUGGAGCUGUUUCGUCGCGAAAAACUUACUUUCGACUCCGAAGUUGCUAAAUGGGAUGACGCAGGCAAUGAUAUUAUUUUCCUAGCCAAACAUAUGUGUAUGAUUAUGAUGGAAAUGACGGAUUUCACGCGUGGUCGCGGACCUUUGAAAACAACUAUGGAUGUUAUAAAUGCAGCUAAAAAAAUUUCCGAAGCUGGCACAAAACUUGACAAGCUUACUCGCGAGAUCGCUGAGCAGUGCCCGGAAAGUAGUACCAAAAAAGAUUUACUAGCUUAUUUGCAACGUAUCGCUCUCUAUUGUCAUCAAAUUCAAAUAACUUCGAAAGUUAAAGCUGAUGUGCAGAAUAUAAGCGGUGAACUAAUUGUAUCUGGUUUGGACAGCGCCACUUCUUUGAUUCAAGCAGCUAAAAAUUUGAUGAACGCAGUUGUGUUGACCGUAAAAUAUUCUUAUGUAGCAUCAACAAAAUACACCCGGCAAGGCACUGUCACAUCGCCUAUUGUUGUUUGGAAGAUGAAGGCACCGGAAAAGAAGCCACUAGUGCGCCCCGAAAAACCCGAAGAGGUGCGCGCUAAAGUGCGCAAAGGUUCACAAAAGAAAGUGCAAAAUCCAAUACAUGCCCUGUCGGAAUUUCAAAGCCCAGAUGGUGCGGUAUAAACCAUAGUAUUUAUGCAAUUCUUAUGCGAACUAAAAUGUAUUAGUAUUUGAAUUCAUGUCCACUUGCAAAGUUUGACUGAAUAAAUAUGGAGAACAGUAAUUACAUACAUAUAUACAUA